ACUGUUUGGGACACUGCAGACUUAAAUACUGUCAGUUUGAUGAAUGAAUAAAAAAUAAACAAAUUGAUCUUGAGUUUGGCUAGCUAGUUACUGUCCUCCAUUUCAUUAGCCACGAUGGGAUUAAAUGAUCCUUUUGUUAGGUUUCAGGAGGUUUCUUAUGAUCACCAAGCAUUUAAGACUGCUAGCUAUUUGCUUUUAAAGAUCAAAAACAUAACCAUGAUUUUAAUAUACGAUACAUAAAUUGCCUCUGUGUUUUAGGUCAACUAUGGUAAUAGCACAACCUCUCAUGCAAUGUCUAUGGGAAAAAUUCUGCUAAUUAUUAUGCUGAAAUUUUAGGCUUUUUUGAAAAUACUUUUACAGCUAUAAAUUUGCCUAUUUAGGUAAAUCCACUGAGCAAGUAUGUUAUCUCUAUUAGACAAGGACACUUAGCAGAGAAAAUUAAAUAGUUGAUAAAAUUAACAUGAUAUUUCUAAUAGGAGGGGGUGUGGGGUAGUGUGGGACUGUAUAGUGUGUAUCUUUGGCUAAUCUAAUGACCUCAUGAUGGAUGCAUAGGAUAGUUUUCGGAGUAGAGCCAAAAGCAGAACCAGAAAUGGGGUAUUGAGAGAGUACAGUAUAGACUUCCUGCAAAAUAGGGGGCAUGGACCAUAAUUUCCUGAUGCAAAUUAGGAAAUGGAUGUCAAGGCAGGUUGUAGGAAUCGUGAUGGAGAAAUGGAAUGAACUAGAAAGCUCCUGGAAGGGACACCUUACUAAAAAGCAAGGCAGCUGAUUAAUUCUCUGCUUUGUUAACAAUUUCCUAUUCCAGAAAUAGAGAAAGCAAUGAGAGCACUUUAAUUCUGAUGCUAAUUCUAAAUGAGAAGGAAAAGCUUGCUAGUGAUGAAAAUGGUGGAAACUUUGGGAGACAGGACUGCAGAAAACUAAAAAUGAAAACACAAAUUAUAGUUCAUUAUUUACCCUGGGAAAUUUGCCAUCUAAAACUUGCGGAAAAGGCAAAUGUGAUCCCUUGGACACAAACGAGUAGGUGUUGUUUGAUCAUAGAAAUGUGAAUAAUCAUGAUGAAGAUAAAGAAGGGGGGAACACCUAAGAGGAUAAAUGAGGCUGAAGUGGGAGACUUGGCCAAGAUUAAAUAUGAAGGCAUAUGUUUAGGGUCUUCAAGGAAGGUCUUGUGGUCAAGGGCAAAAGACAGGCAUCACAGAUUUGUAAAAUAGUCAGGAACACUAAAGCUUAGAGUUCCCAACGUUUAUAAAAAUGUUUAAAAAGAAAAAGUGCUUAUGAUGAUCAGGACACGUUAUACAGAGCAAAGAAAUGGAAAGGAAGAACUGGAAUGGUUAGAUCCUUGAGAAAAGUAAUGGAGGGUUUGAUUUUUUUUUACAUUAUUUCCCUUUUCUACUGAAAGAAUGUAGCGUUCCGACUGGAAGGACUUGAUCUUGUAUGUUUAAGAAGAAAUGGAAACUAAGAUAGUAAGAGAGCAGUUAAGCACUUUAAGAAAUUCAUUCACUCAUUCAAACAUUCAUUUAAAGUUCACUGAUUACCUGUCCGGACCCUAUCAUUUGUCACCCACUGUACUAGGUAGGAACUGGAGAUUUAAGUAUGACCUGAAACAUGUUUCAAUCUCCACAUCUUAAGUAGAGUAUAACCCUGGCUACUGGUGCACACUGAAGAUUUGAUUACCAAAGGACUAACCGACCACCCACACAAUCCGCAAUCGACAGCCAGCACCGCUGCAGUAUGUAACCUGCUUCCCCUUGGACCCGGGCGCAGGUGGAUUCCACCCUCAUUGGUGGGAACUCUGGCUGUUUAUGGGUCUUUCUCAUUUCAUGAGCCACCCUCCACUCCCAGACUUAAUCAGCUCAGCUCUCCUCGUGUGCCUAUUUACCUGUUAUUUUUAAUCUCGCGGCCAUCAGUGUCUAGGUGGUACGGCUAAACAUCUCUCUUAAGCAUUUCUUCCAGUUGCUUUUCAGUGGUUACCCUACUUUAUAUUUCCAUUCAGAAAAUUAGUUCAAUUUUCUGCUGUCAUUUGUUCUCUAAAUAAAAUGUAGCACAGGAGACCUAUUUUUAUGCUAGGUAGUUUCAGUAGGCCUGAUACAUUUGACCUAAUCACAUCCCGAAUGACACUUCAUUUCCACUAACCUAACGUUUAUUGAGCUAUAUGUGCUGAGCCUUCUGUUUGGUGCUUAUGAUGGGGAACUUACCAUCAGCAGGGGUGAAGGCCAGUACUUUUAAGGCACUUUUGUUGAUCGUGACCUGAUAGUUACUGAGGUUGGCAUGGUAAAUUGUGCCAAUAAAACUGCCCAAGAAACUAGAUUCUAAGCAUCUGAGAUUUUAUUAUGUGUGUGGUAGAAUAGCGUUUUUCUGGUUAAGCUGAGUUGUUCAUUAUCUGAUAGUAGCCUUUUCUCUCCUCUGAAAAAAACAGAAUUUUUAGAGCUAAAGCUUCCCAGAGAACCAAAGGUAUUCACUCACCAAGUUCCAUUGGUUUCACCUUCUUGGUAUUUCCCUGUCUUCACAGGCACAACACUUGCCCUUCCCUAUCCCUGCUGGGAUCCUUGCCUCUGCACCUGCUCCCCCCCACCCCCUUUGCCCCUCCAAUCCACCUGCCAUGCAACAGACUGAGUGAACUUUCUUAAACGCAAAUAACAUUGUGUCCCUUGCCUGCUGACAUCUGUUCAGCGGCUUCCCAUUGACUUUUGGGUAAACCUCAUACUUUCAAAUGUAACUUACAAGGUUCUGUGUGAUGUUGGCUUUACUACUCAGUGUGGUUAUUCCCCAACACUCUGUGGUAGGUGCCUUCUGGUUCACACCUGCAUUCCUGUAUUAGAGCCUUUCAUGCUCCGGCCUUCAUCCUUGGGACCUUUGUUUUUAUAAACCCGCGGGGUGAUUCCCCUGACUCCCCUGACUCACUGAUCCUGGGUAAUGGCACUUCCAUAUGGACCUCAUUAUCCUUGUUCAAUUCUCUCUUUUCUGCGUUUGACUGGAAGCUGUGUAAGAGCUUGCUUGCCUCUGAAUCUUGGGUCCUUGGCACGGAGUAAUUGUGCAAGAACUGGUGGUUGAAUAAAUAACAGCCACAAUUUACCAAAUUGUGGCCUGAAAUAAAGAAUUAGCAUAAUCAUCUCUAGGAUCUGGGUCAUAGCUUGUUGGGAAUCUACAACAUAAUCAUUAGAUUUGGUACAAUCCCUAAACAUUUCUAAGAAUCCACUUAUGUAGUCCUCCAUAUUUAUAAGGCUUUCCAUGCAUCAUGCUGUGGUGAUAACACAGUAUUAUACACUAAAUGAGUAUUGCUUAUUUUUCUGAUAUGACUAUUUUCUCACUAAAAUAAAGAAAUAGAUGAAUAAGCAAACAAACAAAUCACAAUUAGCAUACACGGAUCUUAAAGGCUUGAUUAAGAAAGUUCUCUGUUCUCAGAUUUUAGUAACAAUGUUUUAGCUAAGAAAGGAAAACAGCCUUACCUUGAAGACGACAAGGGUUAGAGGGAAUGCUACACAUCAUCUCUUGUAUCGUCAUAUUUAGUUCUUUCACCUAAAGCUUCUGAGAAUUCUUACUUUCAGGGAUGCUCUUGUGAGCAGGAAAUGGUCAGAUUCAUCUUAGAUAAGAACCUUAUUACAGUGGUUUCCCAAGAAUUCUUUUAAAUAAAAUUGUUUUAUUAAAUAUUGCCUAAAUGUCAAGUGAAAACUUUUUCCUGAAACAGAAAACUCUGCAUAUGAAUCAUGGUAACUUUGCUCAGUUUUCAUGCUCCAUGAGGACAGCAGGCUCAUUGAAUGGGAAGGGACAUUUACUUCUGGUGCCGUGGCUGGCUUCAUCUGCUGCUUCCUGGACUGUCAUCUGUGGGAUGAUUUGUCUAACAGCAAACCGGUUCCCUUGCGUCAGAAGCAGAGAAAGAAAACUCAAGGUUUUUUCACGAUGAGUCGGAGGAGGAUAUCAUGUAAAGACCUGGGACAUGCUGACUGCCAAGGGUGGCUGUAUAAGAAAAAAGAAAAAGGAACUUUCCUAAGCAACAAAUGGAAAAAGUUCUGGGUGGUGCUGAAGGGAACGUCGCUCUACUGGUACAGCCACCAAAUGGCAGAGAAGGCCGAUGGAUUUGUCAACCUGCCCGAUUUCACUGUGGAGAGAGCUUCUGAAUGCAAGAAAAAGCAUGCUUUUAAGAUCAGCCAUCCACAAAUCAAGACCUUUUAUUUUGCAGCUGAAAAUACACAGGAAAUGAGUGUGUGGUUAAACAAGCUUGGAUUAGCUGUAAUCCAUCAUGAAACUGUUACAAAGGAUGAAGAAUGCUACAGUGAGAGUGAACAGGAAGACCCUGAAAUAGCUGUGGAGACACCACCCCCUCCUUACUCUGCGGAGACUUUCUCUCCUUUGGCUACACAGCAGGCAUCUUCAUCUUCACCCAAACUGAGCGACACGUCACGUUCUUCCCCUUCCUUGGAAAAUACAGAAAAGACACACAGCAGUUUGGCCUCCUCCUUAUCUAGAGAAAGACAGUCCUGGAUCGACAUAGUUAAUAGUUCUGCUGCUGCUGACGAUGAGGGACAGUCUAUAACACUUGCCGUGAAUGUUCACUCACCUGCACCUUCAGAGGCAAACAGUCGCAAAGCCCCGGAAAACAGCUGUGCCACAUCGGAAAGUGAAUUUUUGAACUCUUUGUCUAGUGAUGACACUUCUUCAUUGAGUAGCAACCUGGACCAUCUUAGUGUCCCAGACAAGCCCACUGGAUCAAAGAUGGCAGACAGAGAGGAAACAAAGGUGUCUGAAGAUGACGAAAUGGAGAGACUCUACAAAUCGUUGGAGCAAGCUAGUCUCUCUCCUCUCGGGGACCGACGGCCUUCAACCAAAAAGGAGCUGAGAAAGUCCUUUGUGAAGCGAUGUAAGAAUCCAUCCAUAAAUGAGAAACUUCACAAAAUCCGAACCUUGAACAGCACAUUGAAGUGUAAAGAACGUGACCUGGCCAUGAUUAACCAGUUGCUGGAUGAUCCGAAGUUGACAGCCAGAAAAUACAGGGAGUGGAAGUUGAUGAACACCCUGCUGAUCCAGGAUAUCUAUCAGCAGCAGCGGGCCCCCACGUCUGCCCACGAGGGCACCCCCCAGGGACUCGAGAAACCACCUUCCUCUGCCCAUGUUGGAAAUUCUAUCUGAGAACAAGCCAACAUUCUCUCCCCUUUUAUCGUACCCCGAGCAGCUCUUCAAGAUGUUGCGAGAGCUCUCCUUAAAAGGAAAACUGAAACCAAUUCCUCAAGCAGUGGCUACUCCUCUAAAGACGCGACUUAGGUGAGGACCUACUGUGUUGGCAACAGGAGCCCUCCUUCCGGUGGCAGUGCUUACAUGGAGACUGGAGGGAUUGAGCUCAGUUGAACAAACACCGUGUCCCUCCUAGGAGCUCAUGGUUAUGCUAGGCUUUAGGUGGGAUGUGAGAAAUGUGUAUUCUGUUCUUUGCCCUCAAGAGAACGACAGCGGGACGAAGAUUCUAAUGGACAAAGAUCACGUUCUACCAAGGAUCAUUAUUCAUAGAAGUGUUGUGUUUUCCAAAAGAAGAAUGUAAGGAUGUACAUAUUCCACUGGGUUGGGUAGUUGAAUUCUUCGAAUCAUUUAUGUUUUGAGUGGAGGAAUGUGUUUUACGGCAGCAACUGGAACGAGACAGUUGUGGUGUUGUGGAACCAAAAUCUCUUGCCUUUGGUCCAGAAUGGUGGUGCCUUUUCCGUGAGCUGAGAAAUACUUCAGAGCGAGUGGUGUGUGGGAGAGCCCGAGGAGGAGGUGUGCCCUGUCUUCCCACUCUCUCAAAGGACAGCUUGAUGUUUCCACACUCUACCCAGGUGGGGGGGAUCUGAUUAAAGUUUCCUUUCCACAGAGCAGCUACAGAAAUACGUUUCAUUACACUUUGAGACCUCCACUCCCUCCUAGCCUUUCUAAACCACUGUAGGAGAUAGAAAUAAGUCCAGCAGGGAAUGUUUGCUGCGUUCGUCCCUGGGUGUGGUGUCUCUGCACAGUGUCAAUUUAUGUCCAGUUUCCCCAGGAUCAAGAUUGACAAGACGAUUCUGGUGUCUGAAUGGUUUUGAUAUCCUGACUCCAGAAAACCCAAUGAAAACAACAAAAGAGUUAAAAUAUGAUUAUUUUAUUUUUGUAUGUUUAUGUCUCACUUUGGGUCCUCUGUGAAUAGCUCUCUAUAAUGUUUGUUAUUUAAGUAUAUUUAUAGAAGGUCAAAUUACUAGUGUUGUAAAAGAUGGUAAUUAUACAUUUUGCUCAAUGUAUAUUCUCUAAGUAUAUACUUUUUUGCUUGAGAAAGUAGGAAUACUGUUGAUUCACUGGAGUUAUUAUGUUGCACUAUGCUGUAUGAGGAAUGCUCAGGAUAUCUUGUGGGAUAAAUAUGGAGGCAUGCGUUAAUAAUCUUCCAUUUUCUGGCUUCUUUCUCUUUCUCUCUCUCUCGUUCUCAACCCAGAGUGCUCAGAUUUCUCUAUCUGUGGUCAGGCAUUCUUUUAACCAGAAAAGGAUUUUCAUCUUAGGUUAUUUCUUGUAGUGAAUAAACUUCGUAAGCUUUAUGCCAUUUAUGCCCACAAGCCCUAAACCAAAUGAAACACAGCUAAUGUGGUCUUUUGUCUAAGGUCUAAUAGAAAUUUUGGGGUCUGUUAAAGAGAACUCGUUUUAUUACUAAUUACGAAUAUUUCUCAUAAGAAUAACCACAACCCAGCAAAAACCCAGUUUGGCCUUACCCCUAGCAAAUGGUCAGGCUAACACAGUGUGCUUUAUAGAGUCAAAGUGUGGCUUGACAUUCAAGUGGAAAUAACCAUCUUUUUUUAUCCGCAAACUAGAUGGAAAUAGUUGUUGAAUAUUUCCUCAAGCUUUACUCAGAAGUGUUAAUACUUUGUAAACAACAACAACCCUCGUAUUAAGAAAGAAAAAAAACAGGAAACAAGUCAGAGUACUAGAAGCUUUUGUAAGGUAAGAGUGACAUAAGAUUUUGUCAGUCCCUAUGGCCCAGUAAACAUUUAAGGGGACCUAUCCCAAGUGGAGUGUGCUGGGCCAAGGACUCCCUGGAAGAGGGGGCCUGGCCCCCCAUGAAUGUUCUGUUGGCCCCAGCUCUGGACGCAACCAUACAGGUCCUCAGAUUAGACCCCGAAGCUCCUGCUUUGAGAGGCUAGUGCUUUACUGUCUUUACUCUGGGAAUCAUCACUGAUUAUUUCUACAAUUAGCAGCUGUUAGAAGGUUAAUUGUUUAGGAUUCACAGUGUAAACAGAUUGUUGAGAGAAGGAGACAUAAUAAUGGACAUAAUAAUUAAUAAUUCCACCUUCUUUCCUUUGGCUUGAAAUACUAACCUAUAAACUUCAAAACAAUUUUUCUAAAUUGAGGUGCCCCAGAAGCUUUUGGCCCGGGCUUGUGAAUACACCUCGGUGCUCUACUUUGGCUUUGGCUUUUCAUGAAUACACGCUUAGGUGACCGUGUAGGGUAAAUUCCUUAGGAGCACUCCAAAUUAAAGGCAAAAGAGGUCCAUGAGAUUGCUGAAUUAAACCUUUUAGUUACUUUUCAAAGUCAGGUCAGUCUAGAAGCUUUGGCUUUGUUAAAAGCACAUACUGUGCAGAAUGUCCCCCAAUGAAAGUGAGAUCCAACUGCCCUGUCCUGCCCCCUCUCUUCUAGACCAGGCUCACCUUCUGGUUAGUGUUUCACCCUCUGAAAACACUUUCACUCUGCAUUACUUUGUGUUAGGAAGUAAGGGGCUGCUUCUGUGAGGUCCCAGCUUCAGCUGUGGCCACUAAGAGAAAGUGGAGGGUAGUGGGAAGUGACAGGAAGAGUGGGUGACACUUUCCCUGACACUCAGUUUACGAAUAACUCAGCCUUUUUGUUGUUGUUGUUGUUGUUGUUGUUUUAGAGGAUAUUAGGAAAACUGGAUUACUUCCAGUUUAUUCCUGAGGGUUAGGUCAUCUCUGAAAUGGAUUUUGGGUAGUUUCAUGGGGUUCACAGGGUAACUCUUUUGCCCAUUCCUGUAGAUGGAGGGUCUGAAGGCUGUGAAAUGACCCAGAGCCAUGCCAGCUCAGGAAGCAGAGAACCUGAGUGUAAUCAGGUCCAAACCUGUGGCACCUGCUGUGGAUUAGGAUCUGGAUGGGACUCCUCUUUGGGGUUGUGUGGAGGACCAUUUCUCUCUAUUGUUAGCCUGUAGACCCAAACUAGUGCCUGAUAGGAUACCUCCGUGGCUGGAACAUUGCAGCACGCACUGAAUCAAAUGGUCCCGCACUUGAAGGGCGUCUAUUACUUUUAAUAAGUCUUUGUUCUGGCACAAUCUCAGCUUGGCAUCAAAGACCUAAGAAGAAUUGUAAGGUAUAUAUUACUGCCAAGACUCCCAGAAGCCUAAGAAAGAUUAUGUUUGGAGUCAGAUUUCAGUGUGAAACCCAAGCCUUAUAUUUACGUAGCACUUUGUUGUUUGCACGUGUGCGUGUUUCAGGCUUCCCUCCCUUUCCCUCCCCAGUGGUCUUGGUGGGAUGGCUGUGGAUUAUCACUCCUCCUUUUUUGACAGGGAGGAAAGAAACUCCUCCCAUUUCUCUCAUUCUUCUCUCUCCCGGUUCCUUGCUCAGUCACUGUUGGGCCCCAGCCCUGUGACGUGCAGUGUGCAUGCAUUGCCGGGGUGGCCGGGAUGGCUUUUGUGAAGUCAUCGGCUGGGAGCCUGAGGGGAGGCUCUUUUACUUGAGCACGGUCUCUUCCCCAGGGCUGAGGGGCUGCUGUCCUUCCUGCAGCAACCGACUGCUGGGUUGACCAUGAGUUGGGGUGUGACCCAAUCACUGUGCUUCCUUUUCCUUCCUUCUGUAACUUCCAUGCUUGUUGGGUGCUGUGAGAUCCGCGGAUGAAAGAGGUGGUUGAAGAAAUGGAGAUCAUUUGUUUUCCUUUAAAAGCCAGUCGGAGAUGGAGUCUGGUGACUCGGGGUUAGGCCCUCAGCCUUCCUCUCCCAAUUUCUUCUCCUGCAGCAUUUUGAUACAAAGCCAUGCAGAAGAUGUGGGUAAUUUAGGUCCAGAGGAUGCCCAUCCAAAACAGGCCAGUGUGUUAAAAAUAACCAAUAACUUUUGGUUCGUUUUAGGGUAUAUCUCUUCUUCAGUCUAUUAGAAUAUGAUAUUUGAGAGUCCAAUUUAUUUUCCUUCUAAUUUUUUGUGUACUUACCUCGCAAGAGAAAUCGAGUCCUAGAAAUGUCAGGUGGCCACCCUGCUAGGGUUUUGUAAUAUGUAAUGAAAAAGGAAAGCCCCUGAAACUGAUUUUUAACAACCCAUAUGAAGCGGGUUAGGGAGCAGGAAUAAUUCUAGCCGUCACAGAAAGCUCCUCUCUCUGAACAGGAUUUUGACAGCUCUGUGUCCUUCUAGGUUGUGAGACAGGAAGCAAUUUCCCUGCUUCCUCUGCACAUUUUUACUCUUCCCCAUUCUACCAUAGACCACAGAAGACAUUAAAAAUGAUUCUCCGUUAAAAAACAAAGUUUGUCCGUAUCUCUUCCUGUGAGACUUAACUGCACUAUAUUGAUACUUCUUCAUGUUGCGUCCAAAGGGGAAGCAUGCCCCGUGGACACAUUUAGCAUCCCAUAAUAAAAACCAGAAUUUUUAGUCACCGUAGACUUUAAUGUCCUUGCAUGAUGGGGAUGUGACUGUUAGUGCUGCAUGGUGUUUGGGGCAAGAUGAUAAUGUGGAAAUGACACCUUCAAUGUCAUUGUGCUUUCCUUCUCUGUCACCUAUCCUCUUUGAACACAAAAAAAGAGGCACGGCUCAUUUCUUCUGCUUUGUUUUUUGAGAGUGACUUGUAAGAUACAAAUAAAAACAAAAGAAAAUAUAUCUAGUAAAAUGACAUGGGAAAAAUAUCGAAAUCUACUACUGUGUUCAUUUUCUGCCCUGCUGUGCUGCUUCCUCCAAGAACAAGCUCCCCUGGAAGGGUUUGAGGACUGGGCUUUUAGUUUCUGUAAAGGUUAUAGUGCCCUCUGGUGGCCAUCAUAAGAAUAACUGAUUCUAGACUAUUCUUAUUUUCAAAGCAUUUAAUUGUGUUGGAAAAUCUGUUUCAGUAAUAACAGAUGUGGUUAUUCUCCAGUGGUCCUUACCUUACAGGCUUGUUAGUAAAAAUAUGUAUUUUUUCAAAAUUGUUGGUCCACAAAAAAACGUUACAUUGUUAGGCACUCACACUUUAUUCAGAGAAUUUUUAAAAUUUGCAGAUCAUAAAAAUUAAGACCUGUGGCACAUAUGUUCCCUAAAACAUGUAAGCUGUUUUUGGGAGAAAUGAACAAAUAUUGAAAUAGCAUAAUAAAUUGCCUUUAGUUUGGAUCACUGAAGGGAGGAAGUUCACCUGUGUUCGAACUGGAUUCACACAUCUUUAAUUGCUGUCUACACAAAGGGUUAUUCCCCCCCCUCGCCCCCACUCUCCCAGUUCUCACUUCGCAUGUUCAGCCCUUCCCUCUGUUUUCUCCAUUGGGCUACCACCAAUUAUGUCUAGGCUCCCACAUAGAAGUGGGAAAAAUUAUUCUAGACCAAAGGGAUGAGCAAAAGGCAUAUGUACGGUGUGUUCUUGAUUUCUAGAACAAUCUUAUAGUUUUCUAUUGCUGCUGUAACAGAUUAUUACAAAUUUAGCAGCUUCAAAGAAUGUGUUUUCUUAUGGUUCUGGAGGCCAGAUUUUAGCUUUCUUGGGCUAAAAUCAAGGUGUUGGCAACAUUAUGUUUCUCUGGAGGCCCAGGGGAGAAUACAUUCCCUUCCCUCUUCAGGUCCCCCACAUUCUUUGCUUCUUGGCUCUCUUCGUCCAUCUCCAAAGUCAGCAAUAUCGUAUCUCUGUGCACGCUUCUUCCUAGUCACACCUGCUUCUAAGGACCCUUGUGAUUACAUUGGGUCCAUUUGAUUGAUCCAGGAGACUCUUUGCAUUUUAAUGCCAGCUGAUUAGCAAUGUAACUUCAAUCUGCAACCUUGAUUCCCCCUUUGGGGUGCACACACAAUUUCCAGUGAUUAGGAGAUGACCAUUCUGCCUACUGCAAGCCUCCAUUUUCAAAUAGCCUGUGUAGUCCCAUCAAUUUCUGAACCAUUGAUUUCUCCCAGAAAUUCUAGAUUUCUAAGUUUUAAGCACAGGCAUGAAAGUUCUUUGUCAUACUAUGCGACUUGAAUUUGAUUUCAUUAAAAUGUGUUCACAUAAGAAAGGUAAUUCCAUUUUUAUGAGGAGAAAACAAAAGUCUUAGGUUUUUUUUAAAAAAAUGUUUCUUUAGGGGCACCUGGUGGCUCAGUCAGUUGAGCCUCUGACUUUGGCUCAGGUCAUGAUCUCGUGGUCUGUGAGUUCGAGCCCCGUGUGGGGCUCUGUGCUGACAGCUCAGAGCCUGGAGCCUGCUUCAGAUUCUGUGUCUCCCUCUCUCUCUGAUGCUCCCCCGUUCAUGCUCUGUCUCUCUCUGUCUCAAAAAUAAAUAAACAUUAAAAAAAUAUAUUUUUUUUAAUGUUUAUUUUUGAGAGAGAGAGACUGAGCACUAGUUGGGGGGGUGGGGGUGGGCAGAGAGACAAUUCAAAGCAGGCUCCAGGCUCCGAGCUGUUGGCACAGAGCCCAACGUGGGGCUCAAACUCAUGGACCCGAACCGCGAGACAUGACCUGAGCUGAAGUUGGCGGCUUAACCAACUGAGCCAUCCAGGGGUCCCAGCCUGCCCCCCCGCCAAAGUCUUAGCUUUUAAAAUCACAUGUACCCAGAUGUAACAGGUAACAGUAUUUUAACAAUCAGAUCAGGGUUUAAUAAUGCCUGCAUUUAAGACAAAGCAUUAGUCACUUUUGAGCAACAAGAAUCAUAAAGCAAAAGAUAUCUAGACUUCAUAUUCUUGGGUUUGUGAGCUGCCCUGUGCCAUGUCAGACUGACCGAGGGCUUGGCCAAGUCACAGGAUAAAGAGACUCUUGUGAGUGCAGAUGUUCAAACGUAUUUUUGAUGUUCAAAUGUUCUGACAAGCACAGAGUUUUUAGAGGUCCUGGCCCUUGUAAAUCACAAUCUGACCAUUCAUCUUUUCUCUUAAACAAAAACCAAAUGAACAAACAAGGAAACCUGUAUUUAUAGGUAAUUCUAGGAUGCUGGUCUGUUAGUUUUUCUAGUCAUAUGUUUUAGGAAGUAAUAAACACUCUACCAACACUGAAAUCUCCACUCAGUCUGUCUUGGCAAUUCUGUCUAGAGUGGGAGGUGUAGAGAAGGGACAAAAUUCCCAGGAAAACAGUGCGCCUGGGUAUUUAGCUAGUUGUUAUCCUAAUGCCAGAGGUUAUUGUUGUGGACGCAGCGGAUGCCUGCCCAGGACGCUUCACCUGACCAGAUCUUUCCUUCCCCAGUUGCUAUGAGGUUUUGUAGCUAACAGCAUCCCCCAUUUCCAGAGAACUGUUCUCAGCUCAAUGAGAGCUGCCUAAGCUAGGAGGUUAUUUUCCCCAUCCCCAACCGGGGUGGCCCUGGCCCAUGACUAGCUGGGGCCAGAUGGCAGCACUUAACAGUCAUCAGCAAGGUAGUCAGAAUUACUGUCAUGGGCAGCAAGGUCAGAAUGACAGCCUGGAACUGGUGCUGACCAGAUCUUUGGAGAUUGCUGAUAGAAAAUGCCUUUUCUAUAGAAGAGACAAGAUAUACAGGAAGCCAACAAUAUACAGUACAUAUAUUUUCAAAGGAAAUUGGAUAUGGGACCUAACUAGUUGCUGAUUCUUAGGAACCAUCCCCAAAUAUUAUGGCCACUGUGUUAGGGUAGGGUAGGGGCAUAUACAAGUCAAGUGAUGAAUGGCCUUUAUCUUUUGUUUUCUGAAUAUAUAAUUGGAAUGGCCAUACUUAGUGGCUGGAAGAACUCUUAUGCUGGUUCUAAAAGCUAUUGUGGUAAGAGAGGCCAAAUAAAAGGCUUGAAGCUACCUCCUUUAGGAAAGAUAGUAAAUAAAAACCAAUAUUUUAUGCAAUGGGAAUGACAGAUUAGUGUCACCCUAAAAGACUUUAAGAAUACAAGGUUGGGGCACCUGGGUGGCUCAAUUGGUUAAGCAUCUGACUUUGGCUCAGGUCAUGAUCUUGCAGUUCAUGAGCUCAGAGCCUGGAACCUGCUUCUGAUUCUGUGUCUCCCUCUCUCUCUGCCCCUCCCCCACUCAUGCUCUCUCUCUCUCUCUCUCUCUCUCUCUCUCUCUCUCUCAAAAAUAAAUAAAAA